GUAUGCUGUCACUGAUCACGUGAUCCGGAAUGUGGAACUUAAUUCCUGCGUUGGACUGCUCCCAGCUGCUGAGCAUCUGCCAGCUGCAUAUCAAAGGUUUCAAUCCGAAUCUUACUUCUUCCUCGGGGCACCGUGCUGCCUGCUCACAGAAAACCAUGGCGGACCAAGCAUUUGUGACGCUAGCAACAAACGACAACUAUGCCAAGGGAGCAAUGGUCUUGGGGCAGUCGCUAAGGAAACACAAGACAACCAAGAAACUUGUGGCCCUCAUUGGGCCCCAUGUUGCUGAGCCCUGCAGGCGCGUGCUGGAGUCGGUGUACGACGAGGUGUGUCUGGUGGACGUGUUGGAGUCCGGGGACACCGCCCACCUGGCCCUCAUGAAGCGCCCGGACCUGGGGGUCACCUUCACCAAGCUGCACUGCUGGACCCUCACGCACUACAGCAAGUGUGUGUUCAUGGACGCAGACACCCUGGUGUUGUCUAACAUAGAUGAACUGUUCGAGAGGGAGGAGCUAUCGGCAGCUCCGGAUCCUGGUUGGCCAGACUGUUUCAACUCCGGGGUGUUUGUGUUCACGCCGUCCAAUGAGACACACGAGAAACUGCUGGCAUUCUGCAGUGAGAACGGCAGCUUCGAUGGUGGAGACCAGGGGGUUCUGAACAGUUACUUCAACACCUGGGCCACCGCAGACAUUUCCAGGCACCUACCUUUCAUCUACAACCUCAGCAGCAUCGCCAUCUACUCCUACCUCCCAGCCUUCAAACAGUAUGGCCACAAGGCCAAGGUGGUGCACUUCCUAGGAAAGGUGAAGCCCUGGAGCUAUUCUUACGAUGCCCAGAGCGGAGAGGUCAAGGGUCACUCAGUGGCGCCCGGCCUGUGCGAGGUGCAGCCCGACUAUCUGCGCCUGUGGUGGGAGUUUUACUCCAGCGCUGUGCUGCCUGCUCUGCUGGAGGCCUAUGGAGACACACCCUUCAACACAGGCUGUGUGGAUGAGAAGUCCCAUGAAGAGAUAAGGGAGAUCUUGACAUCAACAUCCCAUGCCGCCUCCUCCUCCACCUCCUCUUCUUUUGCACCCUCUUCUUCUUCUCCUCCUCCUCCUCCACCCAAGGUGCCCUCCGACGAGAGGAAGAAGCGGUGGGAGGCGGGCCAGGCGGACUACAUGGGAGACGACUCCUUUGUCCACAUCGAACGCAAACUGGACUCCUUCCUCAAGUAAAACUGGUGGAGGAGUAGAGCGAAACGAAGGGAGGGAGCGACGAAGAGAAAGAGUAAACUAUUGUAGGCUAUGGUGUUCAAGGAGGGCGGAGCCAUUCCACAGCCACCCCAACCAAUCAGAAGAGGGAUGAGAUACUUAAAAAAAUAAUAAAGUAUGCUCUUCGAGGGCCUGAGCCGCCCUGAGUUCUGUCACUGUAUGUGUGUGAGAGAAAAGUAGAAAAUUACCAAGUUAACAAAGCAAUGGUGCUGCUGCUUAUGUAGAAAAUAAUAUAUUAACAAUGUAAUCGGUCUUCCAGCAGCUGGGAACAUGCUAAAAAGCAAAAGCAGCCACCACCAAGAUACUGCAUUGGACAUCGGGAACAAAAAUAUUACCAGGAGGCUUUUACUUUGAAGUGUUGAAGGAGCAUGACCACACCCUUCUUCAAUUGAUUAGGUAACUGGUGUGAACACAAACCCAGACCAGCUUGUGUCCUCACGGUGGUCCCACCUCACCUCUGUAUCCCCCCUACACCAGCCCUCCGUUAGUCCUGUGAUGUUUUGCAUGGCAGCUUCCCUCACUGAAUGAAACUUUACAAAUGUCAACACUGAAGACGGGAAAUUCUUCUUGUAUUGUGUCCGUGUUAAGAUGACAAAGGUUUAUAUUAUGCAGUUUAUGGUGUGAUCCCAGUCAACCCCCCCCCCUCUUCUGCAUGUACUUCAACCUGCACAGCAGCCAAACCUCCAGAGAGAAUAUAUAUUUUUGUGCCAUGAUCCAAUGUUCUUUAAGUGUAAGUGUGUCGUAACCAGCUGCCUUACCGCUGUUCACUGUUUACAAAACCCUUUAUUUACUAUUAUUAACUAAUACUGCUGCUCGGAUGCAACGAUCAUGCCAAACUCCACUUCUCGGUUGCUAAAACCCCACAGAAAUGAUCACCUCCUUUAGAAGGAUCCCAUUGUCUGAGUGUAGUGGCUAGGGUGUCCGACUCCCAGCCGAAAAGUACGCAGCCUAACCUGUAGGCGUCCUUGAGCAAGAUACCCUAACCCCCUUAAACUGCUCCAUUAAGGACCUAAUUGGGAAUUCACGAGAAGUCGCUUCAAAUUAAAGCGGAUACUAAAUGACGAUAAGAUAAGUCGUUCAGAAUAUGCCUGGAGGCUGAAGUUAACCACAGCACUGUGAGAUGAGACAGACAGGCACUGGUCUGUCUGUUACUUUAACUGUACUUCUUUUCUGUCUACGCAAAAAGUUAAUAAACUGGUGAGUAGCAGUGGCUCUUCACACUCGUCUUUCUGACCUGAAAGAUGCAGAAUUCAUAAAAAUAAAAAGAUGAAUUUCAGGAAA